CACAUGUGAACCACCGACUAGUCCUUUGCAAGGGACUUUCACACCGAUGAAGGAAGUCUACAGAUUUCAGGACUCGGUGACCUAUGAAUGUGAGGAGAACUACGAUCUGAUUGGACAAAGGCGGCUCACGUGCGGAGAAUAUGGAUACUGGAGCUGGGUCACGCCUGAGUGUCAACCUAUUACCUGCCCGGAUCCGUCGUCCGUCGAGCACGGUAGGAUGAUUGGGUCCUCGUUCUUCGUUGGUGACACUGUGGCGUUUGAGUGUUCGAAUGGCUUCAUCCUGAAGGGAUCUGACAACAGAACCUGUUUGCCGAAUGCACAGUGGAGCGGUUUCCUGACAGUCUGCGACAGAGAAGACACAGAUUGCCCGGUUCUCGGAACGCCUAUUGGGGGACUUAAGAAUGGACAAAGUUACAAUGUUAGGGACAUCGUAACCUUCAGUUGUGGGGAGAACUUUAUCAUGGAAGGGUCUGAUACACGAGUUUGUCUGAAAAAUGGAAUGUGGUCAGGGAGAGAGACCUUCUGUAGACACAAGAACAGUUUUGCCGAUGCCGGCGAUGCGGCCGAAAUGUUCAAUAGGAAACUGGACACCUUGUCUGUGGAGACGUCGGACGGUUUCCUAGGGUCCCAGCUCCGGGAAAACAUGUCUUUACCCAUGGAAAACGUAACAAUGGGGAGGGCGAUACAAGUAGGGUACCAGUACGGAGUCAACGUGUUCAUACUGGUAGACGUGUCGGGCAGUAUCGAGGAAAAGGACCUUAACAUCACAAAGGAGUUUCUUAAAGCCAUUGUCGAAAAGUUGGGAGUUUCUAGGAAAAUAGAUGGCACACGGGUGACUGUGAUCAGUUUCGCUGGAGAUGUAGAUCAGGUUGUAAACGUACAUGACGAGCAGACGCCCGAGGCUGUCAUGGCAAAGAUUGACUCUCUCGACAGGAUUGAGGGAAGCAAAUCUACGGCUACUAACCUUGCGGUACAGGCAGUAGCGGACUACUUAGAUACAGUCAUCAUUGACAAGACGAAAUCUCGAUCUCUGAACGCCAUUAUUAUCAUCACGGACGGAAUGCAUAAUGAAUACGGUAGUCCCGUGGGAACGAUCAACAAUUUAAAGGCGGAUUACGAUGUCGAUGUUUACACCAUUGGCAUCGGAGCGGAAGUCGACGACAAAAUUUUAAGAGACAUGGCGUCGCCCGAUCAGUAUCAGCGACUGAAAACCAUUGCCGACUUGGAGAGCUUGACCAACAUGUUGCUGAACGGAAGUGCAGGUUACGAGGAAUGUGGAGUUGGUGGACUGAGAGAUUUACCUCCCGAUAAAGACGUAGAACAUUUUGUGGAGUCGAAGGACAUUAGAAACUGGCCCUGGAUGGCUGGGCUAUAUUAUGACGUUGGCCAAGACCAGUCGUAUAAGGAGUUUAAGUGCGGGGCAUCGUUGAUCCGUCCAGGCUGGCUACUGACAGCGGCCCAUUGUUUCCCCGAUGACAAAAACAAGCAAGAUCCGGCACUGUGGAGAGCCAAGAUGGGAUCUUUGAAACGAUCCACAGAACAUGGUAUCCCCUUGUCUAUAUCAAAAAUCAUCCUUCAUCCGGAGUUUACCCGCUUUCCCAAUGAAAGGAACGACGUGGCUUUGAUCCAACUGACAGAGCCGUUAAUCUUAUCCCCUACCAUUAGAACUGUGUGUCUUCCAAACAAUUUAGAUCAAUACAAGUUCAACUCCACAGAGCACUGGUACCAAGAUGAAAGGUGGUCUGUGGUAACCGGUUGGGGUGACGUGUCUGACCGUGAUGAGGAUGACAUCGUGGUUCUCAGCGACAACCUAAAGUUCACCUCAAUGAAAAUUCAUAGUGAUGAGAAGUGCAUUGCCACACUUGAAGAUGGCGAAGGCUACAUCUAUGAUGAUGGGAUGUACUGUGCGGGUAACGGCAAGAAGCGUGACUCUUGUAAAGGGGACAGCGGAGGGCCAUCUAUGGUGGAGGUGCCAACAGGGUACCGCUCCAAACGUGUCUUUCAAGUGGGUAUCGUCUCUUGGGGAAUCGGCUGUCGUCAGGAAGGAAAGUAUGGCUUUUACACCCGGAUUGAGAAGUACUUACCCUGGAUUUUAGACAACAUGGGAGAAUAAUUAUGUGUUUAUAGUCGUAAACAGAUUUCUGUUCUCGUGAUUCCUCUUCUCGUGGUUUUUUUUCUCUUGUGCUGAGGAAACGCGAGAAAACGUGUUCAUGAAAGGCAGAUCUUGGAUACUAUGCAAACUCAGUGAAACUUGACUUUUGCAAGAGCAUACUUUUCAUAAAUGGGUUUGACAACAUUGAUUUCAAGACUUCGAUGAAAACUUUCAAAAUAUAGUUUUAAUUUUUAUUUUGAAAAAUAUUGAAGUUGCUUCGUGUAGUUUAAUCCUAGAUUAAACUGAAUGCUUUAACUUUUGUUUGAACACUUGAAUUUUUAUGGGCUUUGUAUCAUGCAGGAAAUAAAAACGUCCUCUUAGAAUA